AUGAAAACUGCAAUCUCUCUUUGGGGCUUCCUCGGCCUGGCUGCCGCAGUAUUGCCAGAAUGGAACUCUUUCCCAGGACACUCUCCUGCCAUUGAAAACCGUUCACUGGACCAAAUUUACGCCGCUGCCAAGAGAGAACACGGUAGCCUCGUUGUUCUUUGGGGAGGAGAUGAUGUGAGCCAGGGCCAAUCUACCAUCGAUGCAUGGAAAGCCCGUUUCCCGGAUAUUGAGCUAAACCUCACUGUCGAUGUCUCGAAAUAUCACGAUAGCCGCGUCAAUCGCCAGUUUCAACGUACCGGGUCUGCUGGCGCCGAUAUUGCAGUCUUGCAAACCGUCCAUGACUAUCCUCGUUGGAAGAAGGAGGGUAGACUGUACCCCUAUAAACCGGCCCAUUGGGAGGAUAUCUGGUCAACUAUCAGAGAUCCUGAUGCCGCAUUUGUGCCAGCUUUUAUCUUCAACUUCGGCAGUAUUGUCUACAACCCCAAGCUCCUCAAGAAAUCCAAUGUUCCGUCAACCUGGGAGGAAUUCACUCGCCCAGAGUGGAAGAACAAGCUCGUUCUGACUUACCCCAAUGACGAUGAUGCUGUGCUGUAUCUAUUCUCUAUAAUCAUAAACCAAUACGGUUGGGAAUGGUUCGAUGCCCUUCUCCAACAGAAUGUGAAAUGGGUCCGUGGCACCGGUGAGCCAGCAGCCGAAAUCGAGCGAAAGAAUUCAACCCGGUCUCUGUCCUUUACCACCUCAGUCGGGGGAAACCUAGACAGCAUCGAUCCUAAGGACUCUCUAAUGUAUUGGCCUCAAACCGGUGCUAUCUUUGCUUCGACCCCUCGUCCCGAAAGUGCCAAAUUGUUCAUGAGCUGGCUACUAAGCGACGACCACCAGAAGACGUUUAAUGGCAGCUACCUCGUCCGAAAGGACUUGUCGUCUACGGCGGGAAAAGUUUGGGAUCACCCUUCCUCGUCUCUCACCCAGUUUUCCACUUUCAUGGAGAAUCGUGAAUCCGUCGAGUGGUGGAAACUUCAGGUCGAGACUUCUAUUGGAACUGCCCAGGGUGAUAUUUCUUUGUUACGCGGGAGAAAGUAA